UGUACUUUACAGGUGGGACCGUACAAUAGGAAAUGGGACAAAGUCAGUGUUGCGUUGCUGUAUUGAUUUAAGGUUGCUAAAUUCUAGUUUUCAGCAUUGGAGUUAAAAUUUUAAAAAAUGGACGACAAAGCAAAAAGAUCAAAGUCUAUUUCGGCUGAGGAUCGCGUCAAGAAAUUCCCCAAAGAAACUGUACAUGCAGAUGAAGGUUACCAGUAUCACUAUCCAGACAGCGAGUCUCUCCGCUCCAGAACAAACUCCUACAGCAGGACUCCGUACCCCCCUGGAGCUCAAGGGGAGCACUCUCCCGGAGAUGAGACAGGAGAGGGGGUGAAGGCGCUGAGAGAACUGCCCCUCUGCCUGGCCCAAAAACGGAUCCUGAGUAAGGUCAGUCAGAUGAAGAUUCCCGUGGUCACUAAAUGGCAGUCGUGGAAGCUGAGCAAGUCCAAAUCGAUGAAGAAGCUUGGAGAGGAAGUCAAAGAGGUUUCCCAUUACCUCAAACUGUGGAGGAAAGCCCUGCUGAAAAUCGGAGGUAAUUUUGGAAGUGGUAUCCAAUCCUAUUUUGCCUUCCUCCGGUUUUUGGUGCUGUUAAAUUUCAUGACGUUUCUGCUGAUCGGAGUUUUCGUGGUGAUUCCCAACAUCGUGUUCAGAACUCUGAAUCUGACCUCUCUCGAGACGGGGAGCAAUGCUUCAGGCCCGGCUGAGUGUCUGCACUAUAACCCCUCUCCUCAGGGACUGGUCUACUUCUACAGCUACCUGCUGGACUUGCUGUCAGGGACGGGCUUCAUGGAGCUGUCCGCCCUGUUCUACGGAUACUAUCAGAACUCUGAGGUGGGCGUCUCCUCACAGUUCUCCUACAACGUGCCCCUGGCGUACCUGCUCACCUGCCUCUUCUACAUCCUGCUCAGCCUCACCUGGAUCGUGCUGAGGUCUGGCUCUGGGUUCAAGCUUGCCGUGGUCACUGGGGACGGGGAUCUGAGCAGCUACAGCAUGAGCAUGUUCUGUGGGUGGGACUUCGGACUGGAAGGGGAGCAGGCAGCGAGACUCAAACAAAACAGCAUUCGCUACGAGCUGCAGGUGGAGCUGGAGGAAGAUGCUCUGCGCAGGAACGCUGCUUCUCGCACCCUGGCUCAGAGAGUCCAUCUCUACACACUGAGAGGAGUCCUCAACCUGUUAGUGGUGGGGCUCAUCCUAGCUGCUUUCUACUGCAUCUAUAGAGCGUCUGAACAGUCUUCCAUACUGCAGGAAGACCCCUCAGUGAAGGACAAUUUCUUCCUGCUCUUGCUGGUUCAGUACCUCCCCUCCAUCGUGAUCACAGCCGCCAACUUUUUGGUUCCCACCCUCUGUGACAUCAUCAUCCGCUUCGAGCGCUACUCCAUGACAAUGCAGAUCAAACUGACCCUGCUCAGGUCAGUGUUUUUGAGGCUCACCAGUUUGGGGGUGCUCCUCUAUUCUCUCUGGAAUCAGAUCACCUGCUGCGGGAAACCCCAUGAAUUAGCCUGCAGUCCCUGUAAAUACAACUACGCCCAGUACCCGUGCUGGGAGACUCGGGUUGGACAGGAGAUGUACAAGUUGAUGAUUUUCGAUUUCAUCACAGGCGUGGUGGUCAUCUUGCUGGUAGAGUUCCCUCGCAGGAUGCUGGUUGAUCACUGCUCCUGUAAGCCCUUGCAGCUAUGGGGUCGUCAGGAGUUUGUGGUCCCUGAGAACGUGCUGGGCCUGGUGUACGCACAGACGGUGGUGUGGACUGGAGCUUUCUUCUGCCCGUUUCUCCCUCUCAUCAACACAGUCAAGUUCAUACUGCUCUUCUACUUCAAGAAGCUGACAUUGUUCCAGAACUGUCGUCCUGCGAGCCGGACGUUUCGCUCCUCCACCUCAAACUUCUUCUUCCUGCUGGUGCUGCUGCUGGGGCUGGGGCUGGCCUGUGUACCCCUGGGGUACAGCGUGGCUGUGAUUCACCCCUCGUUUGGCUGCGGUCCGUUUCGCUCCCUCAGCCACAUGUGGGAUGUUGUUCCCCAGUCCUUGACCUCACUUCCUGAGACGGCACAAUCUUUCUUCAACUUCCUGGGGUCACAGGCGUUCGCCGUGCCGCUCUUUCUGCUGAGCUGCCUGGUGUUCUCCUACAUGGCAGCAAUGGCAUCAGUGUAUGGAAACAACGUGGCUCAGCUCAAAGCUCAGCUCAAACUGGAGGGCCGUGACAAGCAGUUUUUGGUGAAGCGGAUUUCGGAGCUGACCCCAGCCAAUCAGAAGAAGUCUGUGGGUCCUUCAGGCAGCGUGGUUGACAUCUCUGAGACCAGGGAACUCUGGGAAUGAGGGGGUGCUGUUUAAAACAGUUCAAUAUGACUGUGAUAGAAUGACAUUGUAGUUGAGGAACAAGACUAUAGUGACUAGAAUUACAUUGCAAAUGCACUUUAAGAUCCCUAGACUGCACUGUAGUAAUAAUAUAACUAGAAUAUGUUUAUCAUCAAGUUGUACCAUGCGUUUCUUUCUGACAGACAGCACAGGCGUCUACGGGGGACUGUUCUAAACAAACAAGGAAUUAUGUUAAAAUCAAUUUUAUAAACAAUCGAGCUCUAGGUGAAAGUAUAUUGGAUAUACUCUCCAUAGCCAUUCGAGCAUUUUGUCAGAAAUCAGGCUUUGUUGCCUUGCCAGUUCAUUUACACCCUCUAAAUGCAGUUUCAGCUGCAGCUUCCUCUGUGCUGGACGGCUUGCAGCAGCAGCAGGUUAUGCUCUUUGCUGUUGUUUUUAAUUGCGUAUUAGGUGCAGCAGGUUAUGCUCUUUGCUGUUGUUUUUAAUUGCGUAUUAGGUGCAGCAGGUUAUGCUCUUUGCUGUUGUUUUUAAUUGCGUAUUAGGUGCAGCAGGUUAUGCUCUUUGCUGUUGUUUUUAAUUGCAUAUUAGGUGCAGCAGGUUAUGCUCUUUGCUGUUGUUUUUAAUUGCAUAUUAGGUGCAGCAGGUUAUGCUCUUUGCUGUUGUUUUUAAUUGCAUAUUAGGUGCAGCAGGUUAUGCUCUUUGCUGUUGUUUUUAAUUGCAUAUUAGGUGCAGCAGGUUAUGCUCUUUGCUGUUUUUAAUUGCGUAUUAGGUGCAGCAGGUUAUGCUCUUUGCUGUUGUUUUUAAUUGCAUAUUAGGUGCAGCAGGUUAUGCUCUUUGCUGUUGUUUUUAAUUGCGUAUUAGGUGAUUUGAUUUUUUUUUUUCUUCAUGAUUUAGUUGUGUACCUUUUGAUUUCUUCAGAACUUGCAUUGCAGAUGUAAAAAUAAAAGUAAGAAUAUUUUAAAACAUAAAAAAUAUUUUCUGCCAACUGGGGUUUUUUGUGUGUUGUAUAAUAUAUGCUACAGAUGUAAUUUUGUGUUUUUUUUUUUUUUAAGUCCACAAAAGGUGCCAAACCCACCAACAUUUUAUAUAAUUAGAGAAGAACUUACUAAUAUAUGAUUUAGUGUGUCUCCCCUCACUCCAGUCCUAAGUUCUUCACCUGGGAUAACAGGAAUCUUUAUAGUCUUUCUGAAAGUUUUUGUAUUUGUGGAGUAAAUCUAGGA